AUGGCGAACCCGGUGGCCAAGUUCAAGACGUCCAAGGGCGAGUUCGACGUCGAGCUCUACAUGGACCAGCUGCCCAUCACGUGCUCGAACUUCGUGGACCUCAGCAAGAGCGGCUUCUACGACGGCCUCACGUUCCACCGCGUCAUCAAGGGCUUCAUGUGCCAGUUCGGCUGCCCGAACUCGAUCGACCCGGCGUCCCCGCGCGCGGGCACGGGCGGGCCCGCGGGCAACACGGCCUUCGCCCUCCCGGACGGCUCGUCCGUGACGCGCGACGCCGGCGGCAACAUCCCCGACGAGCUCGUCGCCGAGAUCAGCAACGAGCCGGGCACGAUCUCGAUGGCCAACACGGGACAGCCCAACUCGGGAGGCAGCCAGUUCUUCCUCAACACGGUCCACAACUCCUUCCUCGACUACUUCGACGCCAAGACGCCGUCGGCCCACCCCGUCUUCGGCAAGGUCGUCGCCGGCAUGGACGUCGUCAGCGCCAUCGAGGGCGUCAAGACCGGCCCGGGCGACCGGCCCGUGGAGCCCGUCACCGUCGAG